GGGCUAUUACAGGGGAGAGCAGCCAUUGUCUGAAGGGGACAUGCCGGCCGCUCAGCAGCAUGUAGCAUCCGCAGGGGGGCAGUGAGCCGUAUAUGGGGCAGGAGCUGGAUGUAGCAGGGGGUAACAGGGUAUGUGUCAGGGGGCAUGUGUUGGCACGUUGCAUGUCGGUGACAGGUGGGUACAGCUGGCAUGUCUGAGGGAGAGGGGCUUCAGAAUGGGGGGGCUGAUGAGGAUGGAGGGGUCCCAUUUUAUAUCAACAGAGGGGGUCUUCCAGUGGAUGAGCCCACAUGGGCACGAAUGUGGAUGUACGUGGCACGGAUUCACCCAGAUGGAGAGGCCCUUGUCAAGUCAAUUCGGGGGGCUGCAGAACUGCCCCGGGUUCCCGUCCCGUGUGUCCCGGCUCUACCGGCAGCAGCCUCGGUCCCGGAGCGCGUGGAGGCCAUACAGAGAUACAUCCGAGAGCUACAAUACAAUCACACCGGCACUCAGUUUUUUGAAAUAAAAAAGACUCGACCACUUACAGGACUCAUGGACCUGGCCAAGGAGAUGACUAAAGAGGCUCUGCCCAUCAAAUGCCUGGAGGCUGUUAUUCUUGCGAUACACCUGACCAACAGCAUCUCCGGCCUCGAGCGAUUCCCCAUCAGCUUCAAGACCCAGUUUUCGGGGGGCUGCUUCAGGCACAUUGUUUUGGGGUUACACUGGGGAGGUCACUACGGAGCGAUAGGAAUCAGCCGGCGAGAAGACCUGAUGUACAAAGCGCUGCGCUUCCGCACGCUCAGCGACCUGGUCUGGGAUUUCCAGGAGGCGUACGCCCGCUGCUGGCACUCGCUCCGCAAAGUGAAGAUCGGCCGCUACGUGUCCCACGACCCGCACAGCGUGGAGCAGAUCGACUGGAAGCACUCGGUGCUCGACGUGCAGGAGCUGGGGGCCGAGGGGCUGCGCCGGGAGCUCGAGAGGCACAGCAGGGAAAUGCGACUCAGGAUAACGAAGGGACCCCCAUCCCCACCCAAGGAACGGAAGCGAGAUGCCAUGUCUUCCCCACAGAGGGGGCAAUCAAGUCCACAUCGAAGGGAACGCACUGAAAGACGUACUUCUGGGGAAAAACCUGCAGACCCCAAAUCUCUCUCUGACCUCAGCGGCUACCAGAUCCGUGUUUAAGAAGCUUCCGCUAUGAUGGACAAGUAGAAACCCUUCUUCAGGAUGGACCGGGGUUGAGUGGAGAUCGGAGCCGCUGAUGGAGGCAUCUGGAUGGCGCCCCAAGGAAGUCCCUUCCUUUUCCCAAGAUUCACUUUUUAGGCACCAGGUGGCCCGAGAUCCUCACUCAUUCACUCACUCAUUCACUCGCGUAAGCCGGAGAGAAGCUGAGGAUGUUCUGCUGGGUCCAAUAACUGAUGCUGGAAGCACGGACAAAGGUUUGCUGCCCCUAGUGGUGGGGAGAGCAGAGUGAGGGGCAGGGGGCAACUAGCUCACUAGCUACCCGCUUCCUGCCGUUUGCACACACUGGAGAUUGCCUUAUCACUGAGCCACCUGUGCCAGCCAAUCAGGAACCACUAAUGUCUGUCACCAAUUUGUGAUGUCACCAAGUCCUUCAGAGAACCCACAAUGUUCUCUGAAUCCAUAUUUUAUCCUUAUUUAUCCACCCACUUUUACAAUGAAAUCCUAAUAAAACAGAAUUAUUCUG